UUAAAAAGAAACUAAACCUAGUUAUAAUAAAAUCAAUAAUGUCCAAAAUGCCAUUUAGUAUUUUAAGCACAAUCAAGUGCUCUUCUGGUAAGAAUAUUAUCGUAAAAAAGUAUUAAUAACAUGUUACGAAUUGCAGAGUUAGACCAAUUUAAAAUCAACCUGUUUAAUCUCGAAAUUUGUAAGUUGGAGAUGUAGUUAUCGAACCGAACCAUCAUCAUAUUCCUAAUCCAAAUCCAAAUCCAAGAACCACCCCUCAUUAUAUAUAGGAUGAUUUUCAAAAUAGAAAAUAAAAAUAUUAUUGGUGCAAAGAAUUAUUACCUGGCUCCAAGAUCAAAUACAAAUGGAACAAGAAAUUAUCCCCUCCUAUGCCAGCAGCCAAUGUUUCUGAAAUGCUAGCCUUGCCUUGGGUUCAGAUUAAAAAUUCUGAAUUUCCAAUCAAACAAACAUGGUUUCGAUUGUAAUUGGAGAAAAAAAGAAUACCUUGGUAAUAAGGAGCUGAAACAUUGUCUGUAAACAAAGAGAGUUUCUUAAUGACGACUUUGAAUAUGUACAAAGAGAUUAAUUGGCACAAGGAGGUCAAGGUUCAUAUAGACGGUGAUAAAGUAUUGGAUGCUGGUGGUUUAUUAAGAGAAUGGGCCAAUUUAAUAAUGAAAGAAAUUGUACACCCAGAAUCAGGUAUGUUUUAAUUAGCUGAUUGCGAGGAUGUAUCUUAUAAAAUCAAUUGUGAAGCAGAUACUGAUGAGCAUAUUAUAGAUUGUUUUAAAUUAUUAGGGAUUGUUGUGGGUAAAUGCAUUUUCGAGAGGAUUCCUUUAAAUAUCUAUUUUGAUAGAUCAAUCAUCAAACACAUAAUUGGUUAGUCUAUAUUUUUGGAGGAUAUUUAUUAUUAUGAUCGUUAAUUAUAUUAAUCUUGGGAUUUUUUAGUAAAUAAUAAGUUUGAAGCAGAUGAUAUCUCUGAGUUUUUUGUUAUUUACAGAAAAAGUAAAGGAGAUUACUACGAAUUAAAAAAGGGGGGAUAAACUAUUUAGUUGGACAUGGAUAAUUGUUAAGAAUACGUUAAUCUGUGCAUUGAUUAUUAUACAAAUAUAUCAGUUAAGCCGUUUUUGACUGCUUUUUUAUCAACUUUAUAUAGUAUAAUUCCAAAAUAACUUCUUAGCUUACUUGAACCUUUGGAAUUGGAAAUGAUCCUUUAUGGAACUCCUUUCAUUGAUAUUAAUGACUGGAAAGAUAAUACUGAUUAUAAGGGAGCUUACUACAGAACUCACUAAACGAUACAAUGGUUUUGGGAAAUCUUGGAGCAGCUUGAUUAAUUUAAUCUUGCCAAAUUCUUAUAAUUUUGUACUGGAUCAACUCGAACUCCGGUAGAGGGAUUCAGAAAACUAGAAAGCAAUAGGGGAAACUGUUCUAAGUUUUGUAUAGAAAGUGUACCAUAUACAAAGGCUAAUCCUUACCCAAAAGCACAUACUUGUUUUAAUAGAUUAGAACUACCAAUGUAUGAAACUAGAGAAGAGAUCGAAUCCUAUUUGAAAGCAGUAAUACAGGCUGAUAUGGAUGGAUAAUUUGGAAUGGAAUGA